UAUAGUAAGUGUCGUUCUUCUCGAGCUGCGAAUUAUAUUCGUUAUAUACUAUACGCGCGUGUAUCAUUCACGAACAAAAGUACGAAUUAGUGUUAUACACUUGUGAAGAAGAAGAGAAAGAAGAAGAAGGAGAAAAGUGAAACAAGAUUAUACACCUUCCUAGGAUUUAAUAUCUCUAUUUUGUUCCGAUAUUUCGAUCGUAUUUUUUCUUUCUCUUUAUUAUUUACUCUAUUGAUUUUCUUUUUCUUUAUUUUUCUUUCUUUUCUUUUCUUUUCUUUUCCUUUCUUUUCCUUUUGCUUUUCUUUUUUUUCCUUGCGAGAAUAGUGCAAAGAAGUGAGAAUCAUACGCGAAAGAAGAGUUUUGUUUUUCGUAGUGAUUACAAAGUGAAACUUGUGAUACAUGUUCGAACGAUAAGAAAUAAAGCGGGAAAAUUUUGAUGAAAGUCCUCGAAACGAAGUGAAUGGAUGGAGAUGGCGUAGGAUAGUGUAAGAAAAGUCGUCGUCUCUCCUGACGAAGCUUUUCACGUCGCAAGAGCAACGAUCAUCAUCUACAUCAUCAUCAUCAUCAUCAUCAUCAUCAUCAUCAUUAUUAUUAUUAUUAUUAUUAUUAUUAUUAUCAUCAUCAUCUUCGACAGCAGGAUCUUCGGAAGAGCGAAGGACAAGUGAUAUUCUUAGAUCCGUGCAUCUUAUGAUACUUUGGAAGAAACGAAGCAUAUCCUCGCGUACAAGAGAGAAAUCUACGAGAAACGGAGAAAAAAAUUUUAUGUUGAUUUUUACGUCAUUUAUAUUUUCGUUGUUUGGUAAUGACUUUUUAAAAGAGUACGUUGUACGCGUGUGUAAAUUGUUUCGUGAAAGGAAGAAACAAAAAAAAGUUUUCAUUGGUGGGAAAAAAAUUCGUGUCUCGUAGAAUCGGCGAGAAAUAUGAGCGCUCGUCGUCGCAGUUGUUGUUGUUAACUAGCGCAUAGACAACGCACAUAUCGUCGCUCGAAAUUUGGAGGAAGGCAAAGUCGCGUCCGUGGGGUUUCUCUUCCUUCAUUCGACGCGGACGACGUCUUAAAACCAGUAAUCGUCUGUCCGCGUAUGAAAAGCCUGUGAAGAUGGUGAACGAGAGUGGAGGAUUAACAUAGAGACGAGCUCGAGCUUCGAUCUUCGCCACGAGAAAAUUAUCACGCUGAGGUGGAGGAUGGAGGAGUUGGAGACGCUGGAGAGCACAGAGUGCCCGGAGUGUCCCGGGCCACCCCCUGAGUUCCGAUUGCCACCACCCCCUCGACCACCUUUCCUCACCGAGGGUACCUUCUGUUCGGAGGCGCCCCUAGCCGAGCUUGAAGACUGUGUUGCCAUUCCGAUGAUCGACGCAUCUUAUCACACGAAUCCGUCGCUACAAAGCACUGCCCUGAUUAUUACGUGUGCGGUGGUCCUUCUUCUGAUGGCUGCUAUCGUCUCUGUUGUUUUUUGGAAGCACAAACGAAAAGUCCAAAAUCUAUUGCCGUGCAAGAGCGCAGCAAGUGCAGCAGCGGCCGCAGCCGCAGGCCGGACGCGGGUCCUUCCGGACUGCCAAUCUCACGGUGGUUCGGGCAACACCAGCGCCGCCGUUCUCUACGAGGAUUUGCCGGACGCUAUGACGCACUCCCAGCUGCACAAUCACUUGCCGAGUCACCAUCCUAUCGGUCAAGCGCCGACGAUCGAGAUGCUGGACGUGAAGGAAAGCGGCAGAGGUGUCUUCGUCUGUAGCAGUCCUGGUCCAGAUCCUUACACGUCUCAGGAUCUUUAUAAUCCUGUCUACGAGGAACUCAGCAACGGGGACCACCCGGAGACGGAUGAGGAGAGCGAGUUGAAUGCACGAAAUCGUUUACAUCAUCAUCAUUGUCAUCAUCGUCGAGCAUCGACAUCGAAACCUGCCAGUGAAGACGAAUUCGCCGAGGAUGAACUCUCGGUCGGUGAACCUUCCGAAGCAAGGAUGCUCACGUCAAAUGGUCCCGCAUGGGGCACGUGUCCUGCCGGAAACAGACAGCCAAGGGAGCGAAGGGGUAGAAGCCCGAGGAGUCUCGAUCGACGCAAGAGAGACAAAAGUCACGACGUCGGCGAGUUCCACGAGGGGAUGCUCCUCGAUGCUUUGCUACAACUUUAUCCUAGUGUGGCAGGAGUAGCAGGGAGCAGAACGAACAGUAACCAACGACAACAACAGUCCGUCCCUUCGGUGGCACAUAGGCUGCCAUAUUUUGUGCCGCCGAUGCCAGCAGCUCAAGCUCUCAGACUCGAAGAAAAUCCAUACGAAAGCGUGCCUGUCCUCGGGCCACUUCAUCGUUACUCCAGUCAAACCAGAAGUAACAAGGAGAGAUCAAAGAAGUCAAACGAAAAGUACAAGUACAUGAGUGCUAGCCGUGACGGUGGCGGCAGUAGUGGUGUUGGUAGUGGUGGUGGUGGUGGUGCUGGUAGUUGUGGUGGUGUCGGUGGUGGUGUCGAUGGUAGCGGCAAUCAAUAUACUACCGAUUAUUAUGGUCUUCAGAAUCAAGAAACGACGCCGGUUUAUACGCAAGUUGGCGGAGACACUUAUUCCUCGGACACUUACUCUCAACCGACAGACAGACUUUACAACGAAGACAAGUAUACACAACCAGUUUAUUAUGCGCCUAGGGAUAACGAUCAAGUCUCUACAGGAAGAUUAUACCAAGGUCAACCGGACAGCAGCUUUGGCAGUGACAGUGGUUACAGUCAUCAUACAUCUGGUACCACGGGAACCAGUGGCACACGUGGCAGCAAUUCGAGAACCAAUCACAGAAAGGACAAACAUCGAAAUUCUCAUCAUUCUCAUCAUUCCGCCGAUUAUAUCGUUUCUUAAUGAAUAUGCGAAUGGACAAGACUAUUCACUUGAUUAUAACGAUGGAUCCUGCUUCUUUCUCAACUCACGAAAGAAA